CCACCUUGCCACCGGAGGAUACCCUCCUGUACCACCUUGCCACCGGAGGAUACCUCCUGUACCACCCUGCCACCGGAGGAUACCCUCCUGUAUCACCUUGCCACCGGAGGAUACCCUCCUGUACCACCUUGCCACCGGAGGAUACCCUCCUGUACCACCUUGCCACCGGAGGAUACCCUCCUGUACCACCCUGCCACCGGAGGAUACCCUCCUGUACCACCCUGCCACCGGAGGAUACCCUCCUGUACCACCCUGCCACCGGAGGAUACCCUCCUGUACCGCCUUGCCACCGGAGGAUGCCCUCCUGUACCGCCUUGCCACCGGAGGAUACCCUCCUGUACCGCCUUGCCACCGGAGGAUACCCUCCUGUACCGCCUUGCCACCGGAGGGUAUCCUCCUGUACCACCCUGCCACCAGAGGAUACCCUCCUGUACCACCCUGCCACCGGAGGAUACCCUCCUGUACCACCCUGCCACCGGAGGAUACCCGCCUGUAUCACCUUGCCACCGGAGGAUACCUGCCUGUAUCACCUUGCCACCGGAGGAUACCCUCCUGUACCACCCUGCCACCGGAGGAUACCCUCCUGUAACACCCUGCCACCGGAGGAUACCUGUAGCAGCUGACCGCUGA